AUGGUAAACUAUAUGGGGAAUAGUGGUCCAUAUAUAAGUGGAGUGAAGGAUACUUUCUGGUUCCACGAUAAGCGCCGGCUGGGAUUGCAUGCAAAAAUAGACGGAAAUGGUAGCCAAGCAGAAAUCAGCAAAUCCGUACUGCGGGAUGCAGGAAAACCACCAAAUGGUCAAUCUGUAGGAAGUUAUCUACUCGAAUGGAAUGAACUUCACCAGCCUCAAAUUCAUUUCUCAAAUCUCUCCAUAGUUUAA